CAUCCUUCUAGUCUUGUCUGACUGCUAGACGACAAUCCCAUCACCGCCACGCCGCCCUCUCAACCUCUCCUCUAUCUCCCCCAUCGUCACCAACCACUUCUUGUCCGACACCAUGGCAUCCUCCUCCUCCCCCCAACUCUCGCUCAACCAGCGCCUCGCGCUCUCCAUCUGCGACUUCCUCACCACCUCCGCCUCCGACGGCACCCUCACCGCCGACGACAAGGACUCGGUCGACGUGGCCGUCAACUGCAUCGCCGAGUCCUUCAAGGUCGACCCCGCCGCCCCCGACACGCAGGCCGCCGGCAGCCAGUCCCUCCUCCAAAUCUACACCGUCUACGACAAGCUCAAGGCCUCGGCCGGGCCCCCGCCCCCCGCCGGCGGCGCCGGCGCUGAUGCUUCCACCUCCUCGUCCGCUGGCGUGACGGCCCCGACCGACGAGCAAAAGAAAGAGGCCGAGGCCCUCAAGUCCAAGGGCAACGCCGCCAUGGCGCAAAAGGACUACCCCUCCGCCAUCGACCUCUACACCCAGGCCCUCCGCCUCCACCCCGCCAACGCAAUCUUCCUCUCCAACCGCGCCGCCGCCCACUCCGCCGCCAAGGACCACGCUUCCGCCCGCAUCGACGCCGAGGCCGCCGUCGCCGUCGACCCCACCUACACAAAGGCCUGGUCCCGCCUCGGUCUCGCCCGCUUCGCCCUCGGCGACGCAAAGGGCGCCAUGGAGGCCUACGCCCGCGGCAUCGAGCACGAGGGCAGCGGCGGCUCCGACGCCAUGAAGAAGGGCUACGAGACGGCCAAGCGCCGCGUCGACGAGAUGCAGGCCGAGGAGGCCGACCUCGCCCGCGCCGCCUCCGCCUCCCCCGACGCCGCCCCCGGCGGCAUGCCCGACCUCGGCAGUCUCGCCUCCAUGUUCGGCGGCGGCGGCGCUGGUGGUGCUGGCGGUGCUGGCGGCAUGCCCGACCUGGCCUCCAUCAUGAACAACCCCAUGUUCGCCAGCAUGGCCCAGAACCUCAUGAGCAACCCCGAUAUGAUGGCCAACCUCAUGAGCAACCCGCGCCUGCGCGAAAUGGCCAACCAGUUUGGCAGCGGCGGUGGCAUGCCUGAUCUCAACAGUCUCAUGUCCGACCCCAACGUCGCUGAAAUGUAAGCCCUCCGCCACCACCACCCUUGUCCUACUUCUACAGACGUACCUAAUGCGAAUCAGGGCGCGCAACAUGAUGGGAGGCGGUGCCGGCCGCGGCGCCGGUGGCAACGGCGGCAGCGGUGGCAACAACAGCACCCCGUGAGAGUCCUUACUGGAUGGCGAGUAUUCAUGUGACGGUGGCGCGUCCUAGGAAAGAAAAGAGAGGGCCCGACAUGCAGACACCUGGCGUAUAUCUUCCCGUACAGAUAGAUACCUUAACAAAGAGCGACUGAACUGUUGCAGGAAUAGUCUUGUCGCUAAAAUACCCCCGAUGUCCCAAAG